GGGGACUAUAUAGACUGUUGCAAAGGGGUUAUGUAUCAAACGCACGCUAUGUUGUGCAGCCCAAGGUUGCCGGAUAGCGGGAUUCAUCUGUGUGAGUUGCCCUCCAUUGUUCCAGGGGAAGGAUUGGACUUGGUACACUCACAGUAAUGCUGCUGUCAUUCCUUGCCCGUGACUGCCUUUGCUGCACUAGGACCUCUGCACUGUUGACACAAUCUGCCCGAGCUAUCCAAUAUGUGGAAGCAAGGGGUUUACACAGUCAGGCCCAACAUUUUGUCACUCGUAGGGUCAAUAUCCGGUUCAAUACACAGACCCGCGGUGUUAAGAGCCGGAAAAAGCCGAAUAAAAGUCUGGAGGAUGAGUGGAAAACGAGAAACAAGACGGCGCUGAUGUAUAUUGCUGCGGCCGGGGUGGGGAUGAUCGGUCUGUCCUACGCUGCUGUGCCACUCUACAGACUCUACUGUCAGGCAACGGGACUGGGAGGUACGGCAGUGGCAGGCCACGACACAGAGCAGGUGGAGAUGAUGAAGCCUGUGAAAGAUCGUGUCAUAAAGAUCACCUUCAAUGCUGAUACACACGCCAGCAUGCAGUGGAACUUCCGACCGCAACAGACCGAAAUCUAUGUGGUACCAGGGGAGACCGCUCUGGCCUUCUACAGAGCAAGGAAUCCUACAGAUAAACCUGUCAUUGGCAUAUCCACCUACAACGUAGUACCCUUUGAUGCAGGGCAGUACUUCAACAAGAUCCAGUGUUUCUGCUUUGAGGAGCAACGGCUGAACCCAAAGGAGGAGGUGGACAUGCCUGUCUUCUUCUACAUUGACCCCGAGUUCGACGAGGACCCAAGGAUGGCACGUGUUGACACCAUCACCCUUUCCUACACCUUUUUCGAGGCCAAAGAGGGUCAAAAGCUGCCUCUCCCGGGAUACAGUUACAACUGAUCCGUCUAUCAUAAGACACUAAGUUAUAGACUGAACUAUCAGUGCAUCACGGCCCCUUUGUUUUAAUAUUGCAAUUGCGUAUUAAAUACAAGGUUGAAUACAUGAAAACAGCUUUUUUCUAUAAAAAUUUCCUGUAUGCCAUUGCGGGCAAAAAAAGGGAAAGUGGGCAUAAAAAUGAGAGCCUAAUACUUUGGAUUCACUCAUUUUGAAUGCACCAAAAUAUUUAUAGAUUUGCAGCUCAAGUUCUAGACAAGAGAUUCUGCAGAACGUGAGAGCGCCUUGUUCAGGAGAUUAGCUGGAACACCUGCCUUUUGCAUAGGAAGGAAUAUAAUGGCAUCAUCCAUUUUUGAGACCACUGGAGCUCGUAUUACAAUCCCAACUAUUUCUUUUGGAAUGGACGAAAAGCGCUGAGCUCUAAAGGAUUUUAUGAGCAGCUCUUCGAAGACACAUUUCAUCUUUGAAAAAAGCAAAGAUGUCUCCUGUGAUUUCAGCUUCUCUGUGUGAGAGAAUAUAUGGACAUUUUGCAAACUUUUACAUCAACCACAGUGAGUUUCUAAUUUAACUGCAGUAAGAUACUCUCAUAAAUGUGGUAGAUUGCUCGUUAUCAAGUGUCCCAAGAAGUGUGUUGUCUACAAAAAAAUAAAUUAUGGCAAAAG